UCGCUAACGUUAGUUAGCAUAAAUAACCAGUCACAGGAAAGGUAACGUCUGACAUGUAAUUUGGAUGGCUAAUAUUCCUGUAAUGACUGGCUAACUUGCCGUAGAUAGCACAUCUGGGAGAAACCUUAACGCUGCCUCUCUCUGUGUCUCCUAGUUACUCCCAUAGAGGUUACUCCUCUAUUAAUCGUCAAGAUGUCAGCUUUCUCUGAGGCGGCUUUAGAAAAGAAACUAUCCGAGCUUAGCAACUCGCAGCAAAGUGUUCAGACGUUGUCGUUGUGGCUCAUUCAUCACAGGAAACACUCGAGGACUAUUGUCAGUGUUUGGCUCAACGAACUGAAAAAAGCUCAGGUGUCCCGCAAGCUGACCUUUGUUUACUUGGCCAACGAUGUCAUUCAGAACAGCAAGAAGAAAGGACCAGAAUUCACCCAGGACUUUGCACCGAUCAUCGUUGAUGCAUUCAAACAUGUCUACAGAGAUGGCGAGGAGGGCUGUAAGAAACAGUUGGGUCGGGUUUUGUCCAUCUGGCAGGAGAGAGCUGUGUACGAGAACAACCUGCUGGAUCAGCUAUCAAAAGUCCUAUAUGGAGAAAAGAAGGCUAAGAAAAGGUCAUAUGAAGAGAUCCAACCAGAUGAUGAGGACUUUGCUUCCCAGAGCUCCCCAGCCGAGCCCCCACAGACAACAGAGUUAAUCCGAGCUCUGCAGGAACUGGAAAAUGCAGCCUCUGGCGACUCAGUGCUACGUCAGCGCAUCUCCUCCCUUCCUGCUGAGGUGCAAGACACGUCACUGCUUCACCGGAUCACAGAUAAGGAAUCAGGGGAGCGGCUUUCCAGGCUGGUGGAGGAGGCGUGUAUGUUGCUAGCAGACUACAGUGGCCGCUUGGCCGCAGAGAUUGACGAUAGGAGGCAGCUCACGCGCACACUAACAGUCUUCCUGCAAAGCCAGAAGGAUGGCCUGGCCCAGAACGAGCAGAAACUAGAAGAGUACAAACGCAAACUGGCGAGGGUGACCCAGGUCCGGAAGGAGCUGCGCUCCCGACUGAACAAUCUUCCAGGAGGACUCUACAACACCUCAAACUGAUUAGUUUCAUCUAAUCAGAUGCCUGACCCUCCUGCUACUGAAACAUCUCAACAUUUUGUCUGUGUCCCUUUGUGUGGUGACCUGCGGUUCUCAUUCUGUCCUCAAUGGGUUAUUUAUGGCUUUUAUUAACAGAAAUGUCAUUUUUUUCUGCCUGUGAAGUCAUCUUUGUGCUGUAUGUUAUCGGUACAUUGUAAAUUAAGAUUUAUAAUCAUCAGACACAGGCCUCUCUCACGCUUUGGCCCUUGACUAUCUAACGUGUACUGCUUGAAAGUGGUAUGGGUGAUGCUGGUGUGAUAUUUUUGUAUUUAGAGUGACUUAAGAUAAUGCACCAGAGUAUAUCCCCUUAGUAUGAUCGUUUAUAAUGUUCAGUAUUUUGGAUUGCUGUCAUAACUUUCUUUUACGAUUUCUGUGAAUGCAUCUGUCUAACUCUUGGUUAAACAUCAUUGCAGCAGUGGUUCAAGCUUGAAUAUUUUUUUUUAAUGCAGUGUGAUAAUGGCCUCUGAAGAGAACGGUAUACUUGUGAAACUGAUUGGUAAGCCAGUAAGCAAAUCAAAAUAUGUAUGUGCGAGGGGUAUAUAAAUCAUUGGUCAGUGUACAUAUUCAAAUGUGCAUGUACAUACGAUGGGAGCUGUACCUGUAAGUGCUUAUGAUUUGUAUCCAUGUCAACAUGGCUUGCAAAAUUAUCAUUCAGACAAGUUGCUGAGUUUUGUAUAUUGAUAUCUUCAUAGUUGCUCAGACCUCCACUGUACUGAAAUAAUGAGUCAAGGAGUCCCUUGUCUUACUGUAUCAUACUGCUUUAUAGAUCUAUCCUUAAGUCUACCGAAUGCUGUGCAGAUGCCCCACACCGCUUGACAUGUGCACCAGUUUCCAAAGCCAGACUUUGUACAUAUGAAGCAAGUUCUUAGAGCCAAAUAAACAGAAAAUGUUCAACA